AUGGCUACUCUUACACGCUUCUUCGCAAUGCUGAUCGCCGUCUUCCUCUCUUUCGUCCUUCUCUCCAUUGCUAGCCCCCUCAGCGGAGCUGUCCAGCUUGGUGGUCCUUGCUCUCCUGUUGGUGCCAAGGCUUGCGACAGUACUGGCUCCUCAGUCAUGUUCUGCAACGCCUUUGAUAUGUGGGUUGAACUCGAAGCAUGCUCAUCAGGAGCUAUCUGCGGCUUGAAGGGUGGACAGCCAUCUUGCAGCAAUGCCCUUUCUGAGAGACAAGAGGAAGAGGAUUGUCACGCCAUACUCCAUCGCAUUGCAAGUCCACAGCCUGUUCUUCUCUUCACUAGAUUCGCUGGAACUUUGUUCUUGUUUUGA